AUGUCAGAAAACGUCCCCGAAUCAAUUCCCACCUCCGCAGACCCUCGUUCCAAGCGGCCCCUCAAACGUCGCGCGAUUUCUCCGCGCUCCGAAACCGCCUCUCAGAUCGACAAAUUGAUGACCGCACCCGAUCGCGAUAUCAAAAUCCCAUCCUCGACUUCCCUAGCCGUGAAGCGAGAGGGGGGCACAAAUGUUCCCGAGAUAGUGCAGAAUGUGCAGGGAAGUUCUGCAGGAGCGGGAUCUGGAGAGUUUCAUGUGUACAAAGCCAGUCGGAGACGGGAGUAUGAGAGAUUGAAGGGGAUGGAUGAGGAGGUUAGGCAAGAGGAAGAAGCGGAGAAUUGGGAGAGGGAAAAGAGGGAGAGGGAGGAGAAAGAUGCGGUGAAGACGAGGAAGGCUAGGGAGAAGAGGGAAAAGAAGAGAAAUAAGACAGGUGGUAAGGGCGACAUAUCUGGUGCUGGGGCACAAGCAGGAAAGGUGAAGCCUAGAAUUGAGGCAAAUGCUAGAGAAAAUGAUGCAAAUGAGGACGUUGGAACAAACAGUGUUGGGGAAGCACAAGAACAAGUCGGAGUCAUCAUCCAUGACGAUGAUUGA